AUGUCCAAUAAUCAAGAUCUCCAAGUCUCAAAAAAGGAUGUGCUAGUAGAGACUAGAAUUUCCUCAACGUCUUCAAAUUUUCAAGACUCAGAAAGUUUACAAGAUAAAUCGAAAGCCAAAAACUUUAUAGCAAGGUUUUUUCGUAGCGGAGUGAAAAGAAGCCACGAAGAACGCCGAUUUACUAAAAAAUUAGACCUUCACUUGCUUCUGUGGGGUUGCAUUGCCUAUAUUCUCAAAAGCAUAGAUCAAACCAAUGUCCAGAAUGCUUAUGUUAGUGGGAUGAAGGAAGACCUCAAUAUAGUUGGUAAUUCCUAUAGCUGGAUUCUUACUUUUUUUUUAAUUGGUUAUCUGAUUGGGAUAUUACCUUCACAAUUUUUUUUACAAAAAAUAAAAACCCAAUAUUGGGUACCUUCUUGUGAAUUCAUUUGGGGUGUUUUAACUAUUUGCUGCGCUUUUGUUGAUUCUAAUGGUAGUAGUGGCCAAGGACCAGUGAAGGCUCUUUAUGCUCUUCGUUUUCUUAUCGGUUUACUAGAAAGUUCCAGCUGGCCAGCAAUGAUGACAAUUUUUCAUAAUUAUUAUGACAAGUAUGAAUAUGCCACUCGGGCUGCUCUUUUUACAGGGUCUUACUAUGCGGGUACAAUGUUCACUGGAUUCUUACAGGCGGCAAUCCACAAAAACUUAGAUGGCGUAUCAGGUAUAGCCGGGUGGAAAUGGUUAUUUAUUAUUAAUGGAAUAAUGACAGUUUUUUGGGCUUCCCUUGGAGUUUACUUCAUACCAAGUCCAGUUGAAAAUGGAGGAGCAAGAUGGAUGAAUGACAAAGACUUAACAGUAGCACAAGAAAAACUAGAUCGGAUGGGCAGAGUUACCAAGCACCAAUUCAGUUUCAAAAAGGUUAUUCAAGUUUUCACUGAUUACCGAUUCUACUUGCUUUUGUUGGCUUAUGUCCCUGAGCUGUGGACUAAUGGUGAAACAUACUUCAACCUAUGGUUGAAAAGCCUUACGAAUAGUGACGGGACCCAACAGUUUUCUGUCGAGCAAAUAAAUUUAAUCCCUAUAGCAGGUGCAGCCAUUCAGAUGGUGAACAUUAUAGUUCUAUCCAAAUUUGCAGAUAAUACUGGGUAUAAACUUCCAGUCAUGGUUUUCGAGUGUUGCGUUGGCUUCACUGGAACCGUAAUUCUUGCAACCUGGCCAAAACUGGAAGGUGUCAAAUUUUUUGCAUUCUUCCUCUUAUAUGCAAAAAGCGCAAAUACCCCCAUAUUGAUUUCUUUUAUAGGAGAGAUAUGGGAUAAAGCGCCUGAAGUUAGAGCUAUUGUGACAGGGUCACUAGUUUUAAUGGUUUAUGCAAAUAAUGCUUGGAUUUCUCUCUACGUUUGGCCCUCAGGCGAGGCCCCGGUAUAUAAAUGUGGAUAUAAAGUCACAGCUGGUUUCAUUUCUGCUUCAUUCAUUGGUAUUAUCUUCUUUUAUAUCUUGGGUUACAAGAGAACUAUUCAAAGAAGAAACCAGUCUAUUAUAGUUGAAUAA